AAGUAUUGUUAAAAUUUUAUUUAUGAAUAAUUAAUGUAAGAUUGGAAAGUCAGCUAUCGUUAGGUUCCGAAGGUUGAGAAUUUAGAAGAUCGAGAACAUGAGAAUUAAAUGGAGGACUGCACUUGUUGCACGAGUUCUCCAAUGUUUGAACAAGUCUGCCAUGAAAAUAACAGAAAAAAAAAAAAGAAAAAAAAAAGAUAACAGUCAAUCAAAAAAAAAAAAAAAGACAGUCCGUAACUUCUAAAACCGCUCUCAUCUCCGUUUGGGCUGGCAGAGUAAUAUGAUUCCCUCCUUUUCUUUCGCACCAACAAAAUCUAACACAAUCUCUGGAUUCUCGACUAAAAUUAUUUUGUUUAUUCUGUUUUCUGUUUUUCGCUGCUACCUUUUUAUUUUUUGCUUCAAUGGCGGAAAUUGAGGGAAAUUCUAAAGAAGUGGGAGAGAAGGAAGUUGAUGCUAAAGAGGUCAACGCUGAAAACGAGAACAAUAAUAAUAAUACUAAGGGGAUUAAGAAGCUGCGUCAUAAGAGCACGAAGAAGGAGAGAAGAUCAUUGAGUUUUGCGAGAUUUGGAUGCUUGAGAGUAGAAUCUGAUGAGAAUGGAGGCGUUGAUAUGGAAGUCCGAUUCCCGGAGAAGCUCAAUGAUCCUUCUCAUCUCGUCAUCAUGGUUAAUGGCCUCAUUGGCAGUGCACAAGAUUGGAGAUUUGCAGCAAAGCACUUUUUGAAGAAGUAUCCGGGAGAUGUUAUUGUUCAUUGCAGUAAGCGCAAUUCUUCAAUAUUUACCUUUGAUGGUGUGGAUGUAAUGGGCGACAGAUUAGCAGAGGAGGUUAAAUAUGUCAUAAGCCGUCACCCAAGUGUUCAGAAGAUUUCUUUUGUUGGUCAUUCAUUGGGUGGCCUUAUAGCAAGAUAUGCCAUUGCACGACUUUUUGAACAAGAUCUUACUCAAGAAAGUUCUCAAACAAAGGGAGAUAGUAGAGCUGAUCAAUUGGAAGAUUCAUGGCUUGAAGAGAACGUCAAAUGUAAAAUGGCUGGACUAGAGCCCGUGAAUUUCAUAACACUUGCAAGUCCACACCUUGGUUCUCGGUGGCAUAAGCAGGUUCCACUGUUUCAUGGCUCCCAUGUGCUGGAAAAAGCUGCUACUCGCACAUCAUGGUUUCUUGGUAGGACUGGAAAACAUUUGUUUUUGACAGAUGGAAAAGACGGAAAACCUCCUCUUCUUCUACAGAUGGCCAGUGAUUGUGAAGAUCUUAAAUUUAUAUCCGCUUUGCUGUCCUUCAAGCGUCGUGUUGUUUAUGCAAAUGCAAGUUUUGAUCAUAUUGUUGGGUGGAGUACCUCUUCCUUAAGGCGUCGAGAUGAGCUUCCAAAGUACCAGAUUAAACAUCUUCCAAGAGGUGAUAAAUACCCACACGUUGUAAAUGUGGAGACAGGAAAGACUCCUACUCUUGAUGUAGUCCCUUAUGAGGCCCAGAUCAAUGGAACUGAGAAGAUAGACAUGGAAGAGGAAAUGAUCAGAGCUUUAACAAAAAUGAGCUGGGAACGUGUUGAUGUUUACUUCAAAGGAAGCAGACAAAGACUUCUUGCACAUCUUGCCAUUCAGGUCAAAAACUAUUGGGUUAAUUCUGAUGGAGCUGAUGUAGUCCAACACAUGAUCGACAAUUUUGUGUUGUAAAAGGUGCCAACUUGUUUAUUACCACACGUAAAUCACCCGAUGGCUUUUGGAUGCAAUGGCAUUCGGGGUUCUGAAGAGAUAUUGGCUGGAGGGUGGAACUUGGAAGGUUAAUUUACUUUUACAGGUUUAAAAGGGGGGACUGGCCAUUAACAUUAACAUAGAACAGAAGAUGAAAUCCCAAAACUUGUGUUGUAAAGACGGAUUACCUGCUAUGAACCUGUGCCUAAUUCUGGAAAUAUUACUCAGUUCAGCUGUUACAAAAUCUGCUUCGUUUCAGUCAUAAGGAAGACGCGGUUGCAAAGAUCUAUGUUGUCCGAAUUCUUUACUUCUAUUGAAGUACUCGUCAACAA